AUGACAUCUCAAAUCAAAACUUGGGAAGCACUUACCUAUCAAUGGAAGGUUUGGAAAUUCUUCGGUCUUGUACCUCCACAGGAAGGGUCCAUUUGGCGAUUACCAUACAAAAUCUUGAAUUGCUUUCAAUCGCAAAAUGUUUCUGAAUUCUGUGAUAAUUUCUAUUUAACAAUUACCGUCGUUGUUUGUACUUUAAAAGUUUUGAAUGUUUACUUAUCUAUUAACAAAUUAUUGAAAGUACGACCAAUACUCGAAGAGUUGGAUAAAAGAGCAAAAAGUCAAGCAGAAGAUGACAUAUUGCUAAAGGGUAAAAAAGAUGCUAAGGAAUGUUUAAUGUUCUACGUACGCGUUUGCUUUUUGACGUACAUUACAGGCAACUUAAUCGUGUAUUUAUCAAAUGAACGAAGGCUUAUGUAUCCAGCAUGGUAUCCCUGGAAUUGGAAGAAUUCUUUUAAAUAUUAUGCUAUAAGCUAUAUAUAUCAGUUAUAUGCACUAACAGCGUUCGCUGUUAUGGAAUGUAUAAAUGCAACAUAUGCUUCGAUGCAUAUGCGUCUAUUAUCAGCUCAUAUUGGAGCUCUGGGAAUACGAAUCCAAAACAUAGGUUGGCAAGAGAAUACAAUUGGAAAUAAUGAAUUUGAUUUCAAACAACAUGAAGAAAAUGUAUACGCUGAACUUAUCAAUUGCAUAAAAGAACAUGAAAUUAUCGUAAAACUAUUUAAAAUUACCGAAAGUACAAUAAGUAGUACAUUCCUGAUUCAAUUUAUUAGUACUGGCCUGGCGCAAUGUACUUUAGGAGUGUUUUUUCUGUAUCAUGGCUUCAGCGUUGAUAUGAAUUUAUUGAAUAUUAUAUUUUUCUUUAUAGCAGUUAGUUACAUGACAUUCAACUUGUGUUACUAUGGCACUCAACUUCAGGAUGAGUUUCAAAAUCUGAAUGCAGCGUUAUACUCCUGCAAUUGGAUGGAUCAAAACAAAAAGUUCAAAAAAUCGUUGUUAUUUCUUUUGCACAGAUCGCAAAUAUACGACAACAUAAAUGCUUAUAUUUUACCAAUUACUUUACCGACGUUUUUAAAGGGUUAG